AUGAAUGUUUACCAAGUGGUUGUGCCGGUUUGUGAGUGUAUGCAGCUACUAGUAGUGCUCAAGAUUUUACUUUUAAUUUUUACUACGACGUUGUUAUUGUGUGCAAAAAAUGCAAAACAGAAAAUGGUGGCAUCCCAGACGUUAGAAGAAGCAGCCUAUGGGUCAAAGUCACUCGUGAACCAAAGUCUAAUGCAGUCUUCAAGUUAUCAUAGCGGUCAAGCUCAUCCCGCAGAAGUACCAGAAGUGAAGAAGCCACCACCAGCAGAAGUGAAGCCGCAGCAGUGCACACCCACCCGCUCAAAAGUGAAGCAAUCCGCUGGACAAUUUUAUCUGAGCAAUACUGCAAGUUCGGAGACUGUUGAAAGCGUAGAGCGGCCAGUAGUAGGAGGAGUCGUGUCAUAA